AUGGCCUCGUCUCCCUCGCAAACGUCUGGACAAAGUGAGAGUCAAUCACUGCGAUAUAACACAACAAGUAAACCGCAUGGCUCUGGGGCCAACGCAGCCCCAGAGUCUCCGGCAGAGUCGUAUCUGCAUGCGCCCAGCUGCUCGCUUCCAAGACCCGACAUAAGCCCUGCAUCAACUUACCAAGUUCUCCACCGUCUUGGGAGCACCUUCUCACAUGUACAGUAUGCUGUUUGCGGCGACGCAGCGCUGAUAGCAUACGGCCAUGGCUCUCGCUCCCCGUCCCACGUUACAAUCAUCUGCCCGGCCUACGCCCAAGAGGUCAUGAAAGCGUGGGCGGCUGCUACCAGCGGCAUGCUCAACUACCCCGGCGAACCAGAUACUCUUGGCGUCUCCGACGAAGAAGGGCAGGUGUGGCCCGUUAAAAUGAGGACCAUGGCGUUUGAGCGUAGCUUUGAGACGUUGCCGACUGUAAGUCUCUGCUUUGGGGAUGACUCCUCUCCCACGACCGUCUUGACCAUGCCGGCUCUUGUUAACGAGAUUGCGCUUUCAUACGUUGUUGACAGGCAUAUAGAGGAAGAAGGAUUCCUGGAUGAGCUUGCAGUAGACCUGGUUUGGCUCUUGCAAAGUAUCAUCGAAGACGGAAGUCCAGAGCAAAUGCUCAAUGCGCAUGAUGCACCCGCCAUCAGCAACCCUAUCUUCUGGUAUGACUUUACGGAUGCGUAUCCCGAACUAGCUGGACUCUUCUACGAUGCUGGAUAUCGACCUGAGGGGUCUGAGGUAGACGUGAGCCAGGUGAGUAACAUGAUACCGGCCGAGCUACGAUCUCUACCCCUGCGAGAGAUCAUUACGAGAGGUAGGAGUCGCCCUGGCGGCAGGUCCGAUGCCAAGCUGUGGCGCCAAGUGCUGGAGGGGCCGAACUUGACCAGGGCGGAGCUCAGGAAGGUGAUUCGGGACCAUCCGUCGUACAGGCGCAAGUCGUCGGGUUAUGGAGAUUUAGAUGACCAAUCGUGGGCUCCUCGUUCAUACAGCCGUAGGCCUUUGAGGAGACAGCAGAGCCAAGAGGUACCCUCGUCGGUGGUUCCUUUUGGAGACAAGAUCUCUAACUUCUUGUUCGGACGUCCAGACGGCUCUAGAGCCAAGCAUUCAAAGUAA